AUGACGGGGCCCAAGAACCUGGAAUCCCGGACCAAGCACAUUCAGGAAACCUGGGCAGAGCGGUGCGACACGGUGCUGUACAUGAGUUCUGUUAAGACGGACUUCCCAACGGUCGAACUGAACGUCAACGAGGGCAGGGAGAACUUGUACUGGAAGACCAUCCGGGCCUUUCAGUACAUCUACCAGCACCACCUGCACGACGCAGACUGGUUCCUGAAAGCUGAUGAUGACACGUAUGUGAUUGUGGAAAACCUCCGCCGCAUGUUGUCGCAGGUUGACAGCGAGAAAGCUUUGUAUCUGGGAAGAAGGUUCAAACCUUUCGUCAGUCAAGGCUACAUGAGUGGUGGAGCGGGUUAUGUCCUCAGUAAGGAGGCACUGAGAAGGUUUGUCAAAGGCUUUGCCACAGGAGCCUGCACACACUUCUCUUCCAUAGAGGACUUGGCUCUGGGCAAAUGCAUGGAGAUCAUGAAGGUGGAGCCAGUAGACACUAGAGAUGGGAAAGGGAGACACACGUUUCACCCUUUCCCUCCAGAGCGUCACUUGGUUGUACAGCCUGAAAAAAACCCUGGGCAUCUUGCUUAUGAGUACUACCCUCCCAUUCAAGGUCCAGAUUGCUGUUCGGAUUUCGCUGUGUCCUUCCACUACGUAUAUGAUGUUCAACUGUACGUAUUGGAGUACCUGACAUACCACCUGCGGCCAUACGGCUAUAUAUACAGGUUUAAUCCUAUGAAUCUUUGA